AUGGAUCUUUGCUUGCUAAUUCACUCGCCUUCUCCUACGCCUUCGAAUCACGUGCCUGUUAUCACCUCUCAACCUCCCCUCGUUGACAUUGUCCUCCCUUCUGAGCUAGGUCCCACGGUUAUUCUUCCAGGCCUUUCACCACCUGCGAAUUCAUCCCCACCACUCUCAGCUCUGUUCAUUACACAGCCUGAGCAACCAGCCAGACCCUUGAUGACAAUCCCUCCAAUUCCUUCGUCCUUGAACAGUGUAGCAACUCUAUCAUCAACCCGAGUUUUCGUUGACACAGGAGGUGCUACCUCCUUUGCAGGACGACAUCCCCUGAAGGACGUACAAGAACCGAGGUUUCGAGUACGUGGAUCCAAGACCGACGCAGCCAAGUUACAUGAGGCCGUGAAGGUGGCAGAGAGGGCUGAAAAAGCGAGCAAUUUGAGAGAUGGCGUCGAUGCCAUUGUCAAGAGUCAAGACAGCGAGAUAAAAGAACUCUCGGAACGCCUCUGCGUUACUGAGAAGACCAUCCGUAACCUUGUCAAUGGAGAGACCCACUACAAGAAGCGCUGUGAACCCAACACCUUCAACGCACUUGUUCAUAUGGCAUCGAAUGAGAUGAAUUCCGACCUUGGCCCUGGUGACCGCCACACCCUCAAAGAUAUCCAGGAGACAGUGAGACAUGGAAUGGACAAUGACGCCUUCUCAAAGAGUCACAUAAGCGAGGCUAUGCAAAUGCUCAAGGAUUCCCGAGAGGUCAGGACCAUGGGCUCAAGAUCAAGUAACACCACAGCCUAUGCUGAUGCUAGAGCGAUGGCCGCGUCAAUAACAGACAAGAUCAUGAACUUAGGCAUGCGAACGGGCGUGACGGGCAUUGCCCUGUUUGCGAAAGGCCACAUUCACGAUGACUUCGCCGACACCAUUGUGCAGUUUAAUGACUCUGCAACAUUUUUUCUCGACGUCUUCAACAUGGAGGCCGUGGACGUGUGUAGCAAGUUUCAGCAGUGGGUCUGCAACCAGAAACAAAAUUUCAAGGUGCCUGACAACCUUCAGACCGCUCAAAACGAAUGUGCCACUCUGAUAAAGAGGGGACUAUGUAUGAUCACCAACAUACCAAACCUUGGUAUGAACUACUUGAACUACCGAACCUCCAUCGUACAGAAACACCAUGUCCAGCUACUGGGCUGGCCUGCCGGAAUCCCUUUCGUAAACCCUCAUCAGCUCACCACCACCACCACUGCUAGGGAGCUUCAAAAGGCCCUUACUGUAUCGACAUGCAAAUGGGUUGACAUUGAAGGAGGACAGUCAACCGGUAAGAAGCGCAAGCAGCGGUCGGACAAAGGAAAGAAGCGGAAGCACACCAUGGCUACUAACGACAAAGAAGAUCAGGAGGAUGAGGAGGACGAGGACGACAACCAGGAGAAUGAAAGACCGGGGCCCACCAAGAAGCACAAGUCGGCUGCAAGCACCAAGAGAUCCACGGCUGCAGGCAACAAGUCCAAAGCUGCUGGGACGUCAAGGAAAUCCAAGGUCACCCCCUCCGCGGCGAAGAAAGCCAGUCGCAUUCUGGGGACGCUCCCGCCUGCUGCUCCAAAAAGCAACGAAUUCAUUGACACGGAAGAGGAGUCCGAUGGCUGA